AUCCAAGUGCGUCGUAGAAAUUGUGUUUGUGAACCAGAUUUAGGAAUGGGCUUCUUGGUGAAACUGGACUCUGAAGAAAGACGAAAACAAAGGCUGUUUUUGAAAAAACAUGUUACACAAGAUCUUAAGAAGUAUGAUCCAAAAUUUCUCAAGGCUUUUAGUGAUGUUGACAGCAGUGAAGUGGCUGAAGAGACACUGGGUAGAGUUCAGAGAAAUUCACGCUGGUUCAAUGGCAGUCAGAGAAGGAAAAAUAGCAGACACAGGAGAAGUUCCAUUAUGGAUGCACCAACAUUUGAUGAUGAUGUAGUUUAUGACAGAAUAGAAGAGGAAGAGGAGACAGAAGAGGAUGAUGAAACUGGCAUUGCAAAAGAUGAAGUGGAUGCAUUUGUUAGUGAAGAAGAAAUGAGAGCCAUUGAUGAUAAAAUUACAACAUUAGCUGAUGAGCUUCAAGGAUUAGAGACUGUAAGCAGUACAUCUGCAACAGUGGCACCUGGAAAUCAGUCUGUACCAGAUCACUCUACAUUUGGUUCUGAUCCAGUCCAUCUUGAACAUGGAUGCAGGGCCACAGAAACAUCAGUUGACUGUACAGAUGAAGUGUAACUUGGAUCCUCAUGCUUGGAAAGUUAGCAAAGCUGCAAUUGAUGACCAAAUCCGUAGACUGCGACAUCAACUCUUUGUUU